AGGACUUUUUCUUCAUCUUCCUCCUCUGUCCUUUUCCCGAAUUCAACUCAGAGACGAAAUCAUCUUCUCACAGAAGCUACGGAGAGCGAAAAUGCUGGCGUUUCUUCACAAAUCGGUGGCGAAAACUCCCGAGGCAUUGCUGCAGAACCCGCAGGCUGACUCGUCGGUUUCUGCUCUCAAGGAUCGAUCCUUGAUCGGUCAUUUCUCGUCCGUUCGCCCUGGCGCUGUGACGAUCGACCUCGCUUCUGCUGGCUUCAUUGCGUACACUUCUGACAAGCAGAAUCCUCUUCUUCCUAGGCUUUUUGCAGUCGUUGAUGACAUAUUCUGCCUAUUUGAAGGCCACAUUGAAAACGUUGCACAUCUUAAGCAACAGUAUGGCCUAAACAAGACAGCAAAUGAGGUGAUUAUUGUUAUUGAGGCUUAUAGGACUUUAAGGGACAGAGGUCCUUAUCCUGCUGAACAAGUUGUGAGGGACAUUCAAGGGAAGUUUGCAUUCAUCCUGUAUGAUGGUACUUCAAAAGCCGUGUUUCUUGCAUCUGAUGCCGAUGCAAGCGUGCCUUUGUUUUGGGGAGCUAAUGCCGAAGGUCACCUUGUUGUUUCCGAUGACAGCGAACUUGUGAAGCAAGGUUGCAGCAAGUCUUUUGCUCAAUUCCCUAAAGGAUGCUUCUUCACAUCCUCUGGAGGUCUGCGAAGCUACGAGCAUCCAGUGAAUGAGCUGAAGGCCGUCCCGAGAGUGGACAGCUCCGGGGAGGUCUGCGGCUUGACAUUCAAAGUGGAUCAAGAUUCUCGGAAAGACAAAACCGGGAUGCCAAGAGUCGGGAGUGAUGCGAAUUGGUCUCAGCACUACUGAAGCUAAAAUCGAAGGCUCGACUUUUAUCAGGUAACAAAGCUUGCAUUUGUUCGUUCUGUUUGGGUCGAGCUUUUAUUUAAAAUAUCAUCAUCAAUCGUGUUCUUGCUGGGUUGGUUUUCUUGAUCUUGAUCUUGUUCUUGGCUGCAUUGUUACCGAGUUUUAUGUAUCUAUCUAUGGCUUUCUUUUUUUUGUUUUUAUAUGCCUGUAAACAAGAAAGAUGAUCUUUCAUGUUUAUGUGUCCUAACAUAUGAACCAAUUAUUGCAAUGGGGCUUGACUUAUUUUACCUGGAAAUAACAACCUGGAUUAUCGAACA